AUGUCUUCAGUGGCUCGUCGUCUGGUCGGCAAGGCCUCGUCGCCACCAUGCGCGCUUCGCAUUCACCCGUCCGACCCAACGGUCGUCUACAUUGGCACAUACAAGCUUGUGAAAGACAGCGAGCGAUACGGAACAAUUGAAAUUUGGAAGUGCACAAACACACUACAGAAAGUAAACGAGAUCGCAGCGGGAUCGGCGAUCCUGGACCUCAAGUUCGACCCAUUCGACGAAUCGCGGCUGAUCAGCGUCCACUCAACAGGUAACCUAAAAAUAUGGAAGCUGACAGACGAUUAUCUGCAUUUGACACAAACUUUAGAUUAUCAGGCAUAUGAAGAAACUACGCUCAUAACAGCGGCCAAUUUUCAUCCAACAAAACAAAACGUGCUCACGUUGAGCACCACCACUGGAGUCUGUUCUGUUGUCACACUGGGUGACAAAAUAAACCAAAGAGACUUCGACACGACUCAUGACCUCGAAUGCUGGUUUUCCACUUUUGGUUGUUUCAACGGCUUGCAGGACAUCGUCUUUUCCGGAGGAGACGAUAGAAAUCUGAUCGCACAUGACAACAGAAUGGCAGGCGUUGCCGUCUGGAAAACAGACCGCCUACACGACGCAGGAAUAGUCUCAGUGCUGCCGGCCACACCGUCCUGGAACAGCGCACAUCCUUACACCAUAUGGACCGGGAGCUACGACGACCAUCUCAACUCUCUCGACUUGCGUGUGAGUCCGCCCAGCGAUCUGAUUCCUGGCGUUCCCCCAAGAGUUCUGCAGCGAGAAGACCUUGGCGGAGGGGUGUGGAGGCUGAUUCCCGGGCCGAACAAUGAUGGCCGAGUUCUGUGUUGCGCCAUGUAUGCUGGUUGCAGGAUGCUCAAGUCCGCUGGCGACACGAUCAUUGUCGAGCAGGAAUUCAAAGACGACCACGAUUCCAUGGUCUACGGAGGUGACUGGACGGCAGGAAACAUGGUGACGUGUAGUUUCUACGACCAAAUCAUUCAGGUCUGGGAACGGCAAUAG